GCGACUGUAUUCACAAUCAAUUUCAUAAUUGAUAUUCAAAUUCCUCGACUUUUGAAUCCUUUGUUCCGUAUUGAGCAAUUUAUGAUUUUUAAUAGGGGAAGUGGGGGUAAGCCCGCCACUGUGGGUAAGCCUGCCACCUGCCUGGUAUUUCACUAAAUAUCCUCUUUCCAACUCAAUUAACAACACACAUUUUUCCUAUAUUUCUGAUUUUUAACACUUCGAAACAAAUUGGACUACAAGCUUUCAAAUGUCAGGUAAAAUUGAAAAAAAACCUGUUUUAAUCCACCUAGUAGUGUAAUGAUUCCUUUCUCAUUAACAUUUCAUUAGAAAUCGAUGCAAGUUUCAAUGGAGUUUUUGACAAUUUUUUUCCAGAGCCGGUCCGAUACCGUCACAGGCGUAAAAACUUUUUGCGGCCAUCAAACAGCUACGCUUACAAGUUUAAAUAGUUAUAAAGUCUGCUUCGAAAAUUUCGUUCUUAUCUGUGUCGUAAAUUUUAUGACGAUCAAGCAUUUCGACCAACAUAUAAUAAGCUCAGCGAAAAAGCUAUUGUUUGAAUUAAAACUGGUUGAUUCAACUCUCAUACACUAUUUAGAUUGAGUCAAUCGAACGAAAAUAAAACCAAACGAAAACCUGUGCUCCUGUUACUGCUGUAUAAGAAAUUCCAAUUAUUAUAUUAUUAUUUUUAGAUUUUUUUUGUUAUUAUCAAUGUAAUCAUAGCCGAUGAAUUUGGUUGUGUUUUGAAAACGUUGUAAGUUUUCAGUCUCCCGUUUACGCUAUAAAAAAUCGAACAAAUCACACGUGCUCCAUUCACGAUAGAGAUUUGUGGAGAUCGGUUCAACCGUAGCUGUUAAAUCAGAGCGAGUUGCGUUUUUGGUAUUUUUCUUUUCGAUUAUCGUUGUUCCGGAACCAGUAACCAAAAGCUGGUAGUCCCAAAGUAGGUUUAUAUAUUCACCAACAAACAAGAUCUACAAACUAGAUGAAUUUACCAGUAAGUUUUAUAAAAAUUUGCACUUUGUUUUGCCAACACUUGUGGAAAAAUAUUUAUGAAAUUGAAAAAAAAUUGCAAUUGUCGCACUGUAAUACCUGAACCAGAAAUCAGAUCCAGAUCGACAUUUCGGGGAUUUUUUAAAGAAUUUUUAGACAUUUCAUUCGCAUGUUAGUUUGUGAAAAUCAGUUAAGAAAUUCCCGAAAAAAAUCAGUUCGGCUCUUCUCACUAAUUUACACUUAUUACCUUGUCGGAUAAAAAUGAAAUUCAAUAGCAGAUUGUGGACCAUCUCUAAGAAAAGUCACUUAUUUGCUUCUCACCCUGCAAUGUAAUUCCGGAAGUCGGAUUGGUAUAAAAUUCAAUAGCAGUCUACGGAAUCAUAAAAGCUUUCAGUUGAGUCUGAGUUUGUGAAAAUCGGUUUGGCCAUCUCUGUAAAAAUUGAGUGACAUUAUUUGUCACAUACACAUAUAUAUAUACACACACAUACAGACAUUUUGUUAUAUCGACGAUCUGAGUCAAAUGGUAUAUGAAACUCGGCCCUCCGGGCCUCGGUUGUUAAGUCGGGUUUCAUAGCCUUUCUAUAUGCUAAACAUAUUGGCACAUUGUCGCAAAGCUGAUUUACCGGUAGCGACACCUCCCAAUGAAAAAUGGAACCAAUAAAAGGUAUAAUAUAAAAGUAGUGAUUUCCAACAUAUUUGUCGUUUAUUCUAUUAUACAAAUAGAUAUCAGCAAUAAAAGUACACUCGGAGUAGAAGAAAAUCGAUUUCAAAGACUUUUUUUAGUGUAAACUACGAUUAAACAUGAAAAAUUUUCAGAAAUGUGUAAAAUUGGGUAAGGUUAGGUUUUUUCGGAUCAACAUUUUUUUAAACAGAAACCAGUGUAAUGUUGAUAUCUCGAGUACUAGAAUGUGUAGCGAUCGAGUACUAUUUAUUUUGGAUCUUUUAUUUGUUAUUUCCAGGCAUUUGAAAAAUGGUAUCAAACUGAAUUUAAUGCUCUAUUCUGAAUAAACGGUAGAUUCCGCACAAUGAACUAAUAUCAAUAUUACCACCUCAGAAUAAAAACUUUUUCUUCAACUUGAUUUUUCAAAUGAAUUUGCCCGUUUUCAUAAGAAAUCGUUGAAAAGGUGGAAAUUUUUAUGCCGAUUCGACAGCUCUUGCUGAAAGUAUCAUCUCUAAACAAGCAGCGCCUCUACAUUUCAGUUUUGCGACAAUAUGCCAAUUGCAUAGCCUUUCUAUGUGAGAAAAGCAAAACAAAACGGAUAUCGCCACGGAAGAACGGAUAUUAUUUUUCUGCUCAAAAGUUUAAGCGUAUAGUACUAAAGUAUCAAUUGAAAGCUAUUUUAAACGAUAUAUAAAAUUUGCCGACACUAGGAUUCUAAGAAUGAUGAAUUUGAACAAGUGUUUACUAAUACGUGCAUCGUUGGGGUAAGCCCGCCAUUCUCCGCGUGGGGUAAAAUUGCUUCGAUGUUUGAUUUAUUUGAUAGUCCUGAUUAAGACUGAAGUCUUUCAACAAAUACCAUGGAACUAGGAAAGAGGAAAACUUAGCCGUAUGAGUUAGAGCCAACAGUUAAAUCUUGCCAGAGAGGUAGUAGUCCUUGAAAUGUACUCUAAAGGCGUAUAAUGUUUUACUUUUAAUUGUGAGUCAAGAGCACUCGAACCAUAUCAGUUUCAGGAAACAUAAAUAAAUAACAUCAUCAACUUAGCCCAAAGUUUGGAUUGUACAGGAAUUCUGAGGUUGUAAGUUUUUCUGAAAAUUUUUUAUACCAAAUGUAUUCGAAUCGCGGAAACGUCGAGAUUGGGUGUAAUCACGGAAAAAAAUUUUUAUAAAAAUUCGACUCUCUUUGAGAUUUCCGAAAACGAAAUUAAUUUUCUUUCAUGCCAAACGUCUUAGAAUUACACAAAACGUUGUUGACAACAACGUCACCACAGCAAAAAGCGUUGGCUUCAGGAACCAGCGUUCAUAGCAGGGAGUUGGUCGCCACCCUGGAAAAAUGACCAGAUUGAAUAUAAUGGAAUGGAAUAAGCUUUGUAUUCUCCCACUAUAUUCAGUGCGUAGCGACUGAUAGAUAGAUGGAGUAUCAAUCAUCGAAAUAAUAAUCGUACACGGUCGCAUUAUUAUUCAUUACGCAAACUUGUCUGAACACUUAACUCAAGAUGCGCGAAGAGGUAAAACUGUAUGCAACGGUAUUCUUCCCAAGAGUUCUACCGUACAUGCUAGUUAGUAACUAUAUUACUAUCUUUUGGCAGUCGCAUGUUAGUAGGUAGGGUGAUUGUACCAAUAUCACCUCAGUUCCGUCGUUUUGCUUAUCUAUUAACUAAAGAACGAUGUUCUCCUUCCCUCUUCAAAAAUUUGAAAAAAUGUGUAAUGUCUCGACUAAUUAGAUGAACAUAGGAACAAUUACUAUACAUGUUAAAACAUUGUAAUUGGAUUUGGUAUGCCCAAUAAAACCCACAACGCUGAAUGUGUACGUCUCCUUUACUAACUUUCACCCCGGGAUGGCUGUGGUUAGAGCGGUGAUUCGAAUAUUGAAUAGACCUGUGAACUAUUGCUCAGAAGGUGUACCACCAUUGUUCGCUACGUGGGACUACAAGCGGGAGGUAGAUAUGCAACCACGCCAUCGGACCGCAAUUCGAUAUGUUCCCUAGCUGAGAUGUGGCUUCGGUGAAUAUCGCUCUGCCAAGCGGUAGUAGGAGGCACUUUCUGAUAUAGUCCCCCACAAUGGUUUCCGUUUGUGGCAAUGACGUUUUGGCCUCAUUCAUUUAGUCGCUAACUUCAAAUAUACCUACAUACACUUACUCUGAGCUGAGCUGCAGAACUACCCUGACUCCUGCUGUGCCACACUAUAGAAAUAAAAUCAUACUCGAACUGACCAACCAGUAAUCAGUAGGCGUUUGAAGUGCCCUAUUUCUUCGAGUCUGGACAUUCAAAACCAGACAGUACCAAAUGAACGAAAUCGUAAGACCUUAUUAUAGCUAUAAUUGAUUCAUUUUGAUGUUAGUUGUUGGUCCUGUGUGAUCCAAUUACUAUACUAUUUCCGGGUUUAUUUGCUUCUUCAACCGUCCACAUCCUUUGCCAUUGAUCCCAAUGAAGUUGUUUCGUUGCGAUAAUGACAUAAAAAUGUAUGAGAGCAAUAUCACCAACAGCUGAAAUUUUACCCUUCAGUGCAGUAUUUGAGUGUAGGCAACGAACAAAAAAUCUAAAAAAAUUAAUUUCAAUCGUAAGCUGAAUUUAAUAUUUGUUUUUCUGUUUGCUUUUAUUGACUACGAGAUCGUCUGUAAACCCCAUCACCAUUACAGUAAUCGACGGAAUUCAUUUCAGUACGCUAUUUCACACGACCAACUUCCGCACCCGCGAUAAUCAGGACUAUUCCGCAGUAGGUGGAUACUGAGAGACACGCCUUGAAACUAACCCCUUCAUUAAAACGUACUUUCAUCAAUGUCGGAAAAUGCGAUGCCGAAUAAAAAGCGCUCACUCUUUCUAUUCAUGAGUCACGUUUGGUGGACGUUUUCAUGUCGCUUAACAAGUGGUAUUGUGAGAAGGAUGAAAGACUCCAUCUCUCAACAUAGUGACAGUCACGACACGGCAAAUAAAAUUAUGCUCCCUACAUUUGCCAGGAUAUCCCGUUUGAAAACCCGCAAACGUGGCGUCGUUCCCGUCAGUCAGUGUCAACAAUUUUCGAACACUAUCAAUGAAUAACGAAAUUGAUUGAUUUUCGUUCAUGCAUUGCUCAAGCAUUUUCAGCUAGCGAAAAUACAGAGACUGCUUUGAUUUGAAACAGUUAAAUAAUGAUACUUAGACCAGGCAUCGAGAAAUGCAUUCAUAUGCUCUUCAUAUGCGGGUUUCAAUCAUAGUUCACGCUGAAUAUUUUAACUGAAGAACGUCAUCUGAAUAAAAUAAGUUUCUUUCAGUGAAAAUUUUGAUUCUAUAUAAACGGUGUUAUAUUCGAAGAUGCUUGAGCCUGUCGAAAAUAUGUGCACAUUGGAAGAAACUUCAACGGCUUUACCUGUUUCAAAUAGAGGACAGAAACGAAAUGAGGAGAAAACAACUUUGACUGAAAUUGCACUGAGGUUUAUUGGCCACACAAAUGGUAAAGCUUCAUGUUGUAUUGACGCCGGAAGUGGCUGUCAGAAUGCGCAGGAAAAAAAUGACAUCCAGAACUUCAUCCGUCAUUUCCGAACCCGACACUUUGAAUUGGCAAAGACAAACGGAUUAAUUAGAGAUCAAGAGGUGUCAAUGAAGAAGCAGAGAGUUAUUGCUAAGCGAAUGGUGGCUAUUGACAAGCAGCUUUUGAUGGAUUCAUUGUUGAAAAUGAUAGCAUUUCACAAUCUUCCGCUGCGAUGUUUCCAAUGGGAUGGUUUCAAGCAAAUUAUUGAUCCAUUGGCGUCUGCUGUUGGUGUUACCAUAAAUACUGGCAACAUGAUAGCUUUUCUAAAAGAAAUUUCACAAAGAAUUCGCGCUGAAAUCAGUUCAGAGCUGCAAAACAAAUUAUUCAGCCUUAAAAUUGAUUCUGCGUCUCGGCAAAAUCGUCAUAUCGUAGGCGUAAAUGCCCAGUAUGCCAUCAAUGACGUGAUAGUAAUCCGUACCCUGGAUAUGAUAGAAGUUCAAGAACGUCAGACAGCGCGUUUUGUAAAAACUAAAAUUUUGGAGAUAAUUCAAAACUUCGGAGUAGGAAUUGAUCCAAUAUUUUCUAUCACGUGUGAUAAUGGGCCCAACAUGUUGGCAACGGUACGUCACCUGAAGGAAGAAGUAGAACUAAUGACCGCUUGUUCAAAUGAUGAUUACGAUACUGAAGAAGAAGAUAAAAAAUUACAUAACUUCACAUCUGCUUUAAGCAAUGAACUGCAAGAAAAUUUAAAUCUGGUUCGUUGUACUGUUCAUACCCUACAGUUAGCUAUACUGAUGUAGUUGACAAAUCGAAUUCUUCAGUGAAAGCAGUUACUGAAAUUGCAAAAAAAAUUAGGCAUAUGAAAUACAAGCCAAAUUUUGUUUUGUCGAAUGCAACAUAUCCUCCAAUUUGGGGACAGACCCGAUGGGGAGGAAUUUAUAGAAUGAUGCUGAGUUUUCUUCAGCAAGAAAGUUUUUUCAAACAGUUGGCACAACAGUUCCCAGAGUUAGAGCUUGAUGAUUCGUGGGACUUUAUUAAAAAUUACGAGCAAGCUUUCAAGCCUCUAUACUCAUGCACUGUAAAUAUGCAGGCAGAACAUGUUUCAUUACCAGAUUUCUACUUGGCUCAUGGCUAUAAUGGAAGUAUCGAAACUAAAUAAUCCUUUCUCGACACCAUUGACAGAAGCACUAACGAUUCGGUUGAAAAAUCUAUGCCAUUCACGAGUUUUCAAAAUGGCCCUUUAUUUGGAUCCUCGAUUGAAUUAUAUGGGAUCAAAUUUAUUUAAAGCAGAAGAAAAAGAGCAGAUACAGAGUUACGUGAUUGAAACGUACAACAAGAUUCGUUCGUACAAAAAGAGUACUCCGUUAACAGCUUUGGAGAUAUCAGCGUCCACAAAGAAAGAUGAUUUCGAUUCAUUCAUCACAGCAAUGUUCGGCGAAUGUGCUACCUCCUCGGGAACAACGGAAAGAACACAAUUCUUACAGCAACUCAAAGCUCUUGAUGUAGAACCUAGACAACAUCAUGCAUACAAUGUGUGGAAGCACUGGAUGGAUAGACAUCUCACACACCCUGAACUCUCUGCCGUAGCUUCGGUUGUUCUAGCUACACCUUCAAACCAAGUGUCAGUGGAAAGGUCAUUUAGCGCAUUGCCGUUGAUCAUGACCGAUCGUCGCUCGGGAAUCAGCGAAGAAAAUUUGAGAAACAUUCUUCUUGUAAAGUUGAACAGAAGUCUUUUUGACACAAUAAUGUCACCCCAGUAAGUAAAAUAAAAUUGUCUCGAAAAGAUAAGCUUUCCGUCAGUUUUCUUCAACAAUUGUCUAAAAAUGAGUGUAUUCCGAAACGCACCUAUGCUUUUUUAUUUCGAUUAUGAAGGUUCAAAUCUUAUACUCAUUUGGUUCUCAAGUAUGGAAAACUUGACCCAUACUCAUCUCGCUAUAACCAUCUCCAUCUAUUCAAGUUUUUUUUCAGAAUAUUUUUCCAUAAAAAUCAUAAGAAAUUUUCAAUUUUUCAUUCUACUUCAUAAUAUUG